AUGACAAAAGAUAAAUAUAUCACGUUUAAACCUGGUCAACCAGUUGAUGUUGAUGCUGAAUUUGGUGUUGAUAAAGUAUCGGAUAAUAAAUAUGUAUCUAAAAAACCAAUGUAUUUACCUACUGCUAGUUCGAAAGGUGCUUAUGGUGGGAAUUUAUGUGGUCAAGCAUUAUUAGUAGCUAUGAAAUCUGCUGGUUCAGAAUUUAAACCACAUUCAAUUCAUUCAUAUUUUGUAAGACCUACAUUACCUAAUUUAUCUAUAACUUGGGAAGUCGAAGAAAUUUCAAAUGGUAAAACUUUUUGUAAUAGAAAUAUUAAAGCUAUUCAAAAUAAUGUAAUUGUUUUCAUUGCUUCAAUUUCUUUAACUAGGAAAAAUUCUUAUAAAGAAUCAAUGGAUAAAUAUAAUGAAUAUUAUUCAAAGAUUCAACAAAAGGGAAAAGAUGAUGAUUCAACAGAAGAAGACGAAGAUGAUGAUUCAUCAACAGCACCAGUAAAACCAUUUGUAUUUCAAACACCACAACAUGAAUGGUUAACUAGAUCAAAAGAAGAACUUGAAAAUUUACCAAUACGUGAUAUUGAAUCAAGUAUGUUAGUUUAUAUUAAAUUUGUCCCUGAAUUUAUUGAAUUAAAUAAAACUAAAAGUGAAGAUUCUUUAACUGUACCAGAUAGAAAAUUAAGUUUUCUUGUUAAAUGGGGUAUUGAAAAUGAACAAGGAUUUAAUCAACCAUUAACUAAUUUAACUCCGGAAUAUCAAUUUGUAGGAUUGGCAUUUUUAUCAGAUUCAUUAUUUUUAAAUUCAUUAACUAGAAUAUUAAGAAUUGAAGAUUUUCAAGUAAAUAAUCAUACUGCAUCUUUUGAUUCUGUUAGUUUAGAUCAUAUUGUUUAUUUUCAUGAUGAUGAUUUUGAUGUUAGACAAUGGAUGGGAUAUAGUUUUAAAGCAAUUAGAUUUGCACAUAAUAGAGUUGUAGUAGAAGGUGAAAUUUUUAAUGAAAAGGGUACUCAUAUAGCUACAAUUAUUCAAGAAGCAUUAGUUGAAUUGAAUGGUACAGAAAAGGGUGCAAAAUUGUAG